GGACUGCGAGCAUUUCCUCCCGGGCCGGGCGGCGCGAUCCCGGGGAGGGCGGGGAGGGCGGCAGCGGGCAGACGCGGCGCUGCGCUCCGCCAGCCGGCAGCAUGCGGCCCCUGCUCUGCGCGCUGGCCGGGCUUGCCCUGCUCCGCGCCUCGGGUGCCUUCACCGCUGCUGAACCCUUCAUCCCCUCCCGAGGAGACCCAGCUCGGACUGCAGGGUGUGACAGACACAUGGCUGUCCAUGGCCGGUUAGACGUCAUAGAGGAGACGGUGGAGAAGACGGUGGAGCACCUGGAGGCAGAAGUGAAAGGCUUGCUGGCUCAGCUGGAGGAGCUGGCCUGGAAUCUGCCCCCGGGCCCCUUCAGCCUGAUCCCCGACCUCCUCGGAGAGGAGACGGUGAGCAGCUCAGAUCGCCUUUGAGCACCAGAGCAGGAGCGACCCAACAGCUGGCAGUGAUACAACAGCUCUCCUCUGAGAACAGAGCCGUGCGUUCUGGCCUGCCUUCCUCAGCUUUGUGCAAAAUAAAAGCUACUCCUUUGGUCC